CUACCUUCCUCCUCUUCCUCUCCCUCCACUCGGGUACUGGAGACAAGGCAAGAGCAGACCAGCACUACUAAGGCUCAACCAUGAGUUUUAUCGACUACUCCAGCAGUUCCUAUCGGAAGAUAUUCGGCGAGGGUCCUCGCCACUCCGGCCGCAUCGGCAGCAGCCCCUCUCGCAUGUCCUCCGGGUACCGCUCCUCCUCAGCUCACCGUAGCUAUGGCUCUCCAUCCUCCAUGAUGUCCUCCAGCUACCGCAACAAACUCGGCUCUUCCCGCCAACAAUUCCCCUCACUGCCGGACCCCAUUGACCUGACGCAGUCCACCGCCGUCACCAACGAGCUGAAAAUCAUUCGCACCAACGAGAAAGAGCAGCUGAUGGGUCUGAACGACCGCUUCGUGUCAUUCAUUGAGAAAGUACACAACCUCGAGCAGCAUAACAAGGUCCUGGAGACUGAGGUGAAUCUCCUCCGCCAGCGCCACAACGAGCCCUCCCGCCUCCAUGACCUGUACGAGCAGGAGAUCCGCGAGCUCCGGGCACGCGUCGAGGAACUCACCCACGAGAAGAGCCAGAUGCACCUCGACUGCGUUCAGAUGAACGAGGCACUGGACCGCGUCAAGGAGAAGCUGGACGAAGAGACCAAGCUGCGGGAAGAAGCCGAGCACACCCUGAAGAACUACCGCAAGGACGUGGACGAUGCCACCCUGUCCCGCCUGGAACUGGAGAAGAAAGUGGAGACCCUGCUGGACGAGAUCGCCUUCCUCAGGAAAGUGCACGAGGAGGAGCUGCAGGAGAUGCAGGCAUCUCUGCAGGCUACACAGGUGUCCGUGGAGAUGGACAUGAGCAAACCUGACCUGGCAGUGGCGCUGAAGGACAUCCGCGUGCAGUACGAGCAUCUCUCCGCCAAGAACCAGAACCAGGCCGAGGAGUGGUACCGCUCCAAGAUCGCCAGCGUGAGUGAGGCCGCCAACCGCAACAACGACGCCAUCAAGCAUGCCAAGGACGAGCUGUCCGAGUACCGCCGACAGGUGCAGGCCCGCACCCUGGAGAUCGAAGCCCUGCGUGGCCACAACGAGGCACUGGAGAGGCAGAUGGCCGAGAUGGAGGACCGUCACGGCAGCGAGAUCGGAGAGAUGCAGGAGACCGUUCACCAGCUGGAGUCUGCCCUGCGCAGCACCAAGGGGGAGAUGUCUCGCCACCUGCGCGAAUACCAGGACCUGCUGAACGUCAAGAUGGCCCUGGACAUUGAGAUCGCUGCCUACAGGAAGCUCCUGGAGGGUGAGGAGUGCCGCCUGAACACGGUGGGCGGAGCCCUGCUGCAGUCUGGCUACUCCGGCCUGUCCUCCUCCUACAGCUCCCGCACCUCCUACGCCCUGGGGGCCAGCGCCCACUACAGGCGCCGCCACGCCAAGCCCGAGGACGAGGAGGAGGGAGAGGACAAGGAGGACGAGGAGGAGGAGGAGGGAGAGGGAGAGGAGGGAGAAGAGGGAGAGGGAGAUGAGGGAGAGGAGGGAGACGAGCAGGAUGAGGGUGAUGAUGAGGAGGGAGGCGAUGACGAUGAGGGUGGUGAUGAUGAUGAAGGGGAUGACGAGGAUGAGAAGGAUAAGAAGGAGAAGGAGAAGGAGAGGGAGAAGGAUAAGAAGAAAGGGGGCUCUUCCUCUUCUGCUAAGAGCAGCAAGAGCUAAGCGGCUUUCUAAUGAUGUCGUCGAAAUCGUGACACCCUGUCCCUCUCCACUUACACUUUCCAUGCACCCAUCCGCUCACCAACACUCGUUCAUUCACCCAGCUGCCCACUGUCUUCCGGGGGCAGCCAUGGGGUUCAUCCGUUUCACCUUCUCUGACCAAGAUGAUGAGGAAACUGUCCUCUGACACAUACUACACACACACGCGCAAUGACACACGAAAACACUCAGAAACCAACGCAUGCACACACUCACAAACACAGCCUGAGUUUUCAGUCUCAUCUUUCUGAUUUUGCUUUGUUUUUCGAACGGAGAUGGCCUCGCAAACACAAGUUGUGAGGGACAAAAAAAAACUAAUCUUAGAAAAGAGAACGUCUCUUAUCUCCUAUGUGGUAAAAGAAUGGGGAAAACUAUAGCAAGAUUCUUCGGCAGGUAGAUAAAGUUGAUAUAUUUAUGUUAUCGAUGUAGCACAUAAGAGAGGAUUGCCCAGGGACCACAAAGAGACCUUUUGAAUGUUCAACAAUAGCAAGGAAGAGAGCGCCUUAAAUGGAGAGCAUUUAUGAAUGAGGGGAGUGUCCUAAGUGAUACCCCCAUUUUACAAUGUGCCAUUACUUGCCAAUUAACCGCUGUGUUUGGUCGAAUAACGCUGGAUGGUGGUGGUUUAUGGGGAUUUCAACAUAGCCUAUUUGGUAGUCUAUUAUCACUGCAGACAGAGACCAAUACUUGCAGACAUCUGGUGCAAAGAGGACCGAUUUUCAUUGGUUCUCAAAUUUAUUUUAAGGUGCUAUCUGAUUCUCAACCACAAAAAAAAACAAGGAAGGGAGCUGAUGUUAGCCCGCAGUGUCAUCGAGCAAACUAUCAAAGUGGGUGUGAAGUGAAGAAUGUAGAAAAAGAGGGAAAUCGUCCCAUUUUCGAUGGAAUAGUCGUACUUUAGGUGAGAAUCCCAAAUCCCAACUCCAUCACCACCGACCACACGGCUUGUAGCUCCAUCUGUGUGUUUGUGAAAGUGAUUUAGUAUCCACCCUGUUUAGCUGUAUGAGGUAGACGGCGAAUGUCCCACAGCGUACAUUUUUGAAACAGAGUUUUUUCCAUCUUUUCUAUCUAAUCUCUCUUAUUUUUGCACAGUCGGCAUUCAGAAAUGAUUUUGUCAGACCAUUCUUCAUCUCUCUCUGUCUCUCUUGCACCGCGAUGGUCACAGCACGGCAAAACAGUGGCAACUUGGAAUUUCAAAAAUACAAAUCUAAGCAAAUAAUAGGAAUAGAUAUAUAGUUUAUUUUGGAGGGCACAGGCUUUAGAGUUUUGGAGGCAAGGUGUAUUUUCUCGCAAUCAGUCCUCCUUUUGGAAUGAUGAAACUAAAAAAAUUAGGAAAAAAAGUUUGCUGCUAUAUAUUGUCCUAUACCUUUUUCUGUUUAAAGUUGACUUCCUCUUGAUUGAUUCAUUUGUCUUCCAGCAGGUCCCCCCUCCCUCUCCCUCUGUCUGUCUGUCUGUCCCUCCCUCUCUCAGACCCACCGCUAAAUUAUAAGUUUUGAAAAAACGUCCCUUCCUGCGACAGACUAGCAGAGCCACACCACAAUGACGUGACUGAGCCCCAGCUGACCAGCCUGUGUGAGUGUGAGAGGGUGUGCGAGUGUGUGAGUGUGUGAGUGUGUGUGUGUCUCGGACAGGGUGCGUGGUCUGGCGGCUGCCCAUUGCCGUGGCAGGUGGUCGUGACAGUGACAGCACUUCAUCCUCUCUGCUGGUGACAGACCAGACAGAAAGGACAGUCGUCGUGCGGUGCAGUCACUGUCUACUAAUAUCGUUCUGCUUCACAGCUAAGGGCUAUAUUCAAAAGAAACACCACUAUCCUUUUUUAUGUUGCCUAAUUCACAGACAAAGUCAAUGGAGAUACAUGAGAGGAUAGAAUGAAUGAAUGCCAGAAAAAAACUCUAUAGAAAUGUAAAAGAAAUAUAAACAAAUGUCUUAUAUUUUUUCAGUGAGAUGAUAGCAGUUCUAUGUGUAUGGCUGGUGUUAAGAGAAAAAAAAUGAGGAGAGGAUAGUCCUGUUGUACAAGUGAGAGUAGCUUUUGAGGACAGCUCGUUUUCUGUAGUACUUGGCCAAUUAUCCUAUAGGAUUCUGCAGCAAAAUGAGGUCUUCUCAAAGACACUUGUCAUGAUCCUGACAGGAAAAACUAAGAAAAUGUCUGUUGUGUUUGGUGCAUAUGUCUGCACAGGGGGAACUGGAUACAAGGUGGAGAGAGAUUUCUUCUUCUUCUUCUUCUUCUUCUUCUUCUUCUUCUUCUUCUUCUUCUUCUUCUUCUUCUUCUUCUUCUUCUUCUUCUUCUUCUUCUUCUUCACUUUUCACCCUCCCCUCCCUUUCUCGAUUUUAACUGAUUGGUGAAUGAAUCAAGAGUAAGUAGUUGCAUGGCCUGAUUCUUGGAGCUUGACAAAAACUACGGAGAGGAUGGGAUAGAUUUGCUUGUUGUGUCUAAAAAAAUGUAAAUGCCUUAACCAUGAACAAAAAGCAGUCGUUCACUUUGCAUUAUCACAUCAAUGGAGAUGGUUCAGGAGUGUUGACACGUUACAGACCGUUCUGCUAAUACUACUGUGACUGUAUGUGCUACAUCAUACAGUAAAUGUUCCUCCCAAAGCCAAAUAAAGCCAUUUAUU